AAUUUAGUGGCGUUCAAUGAAAAAGGGACGUUACUCUUAAAAAAUAAAAUAAAUGUGUUAAAAUGAAAGAAACUGUUUGUCAUCACUUAUAUAAUGAUUGCACGAUCACAUGUGCAUUGUAUAAAGACGUUCACAAUGCUAAGGAACUAAGGCAAAGUGUAAUGAAUGGGGAUUUUGAGGCAACCCUAUUAAAAACAACAAUGAUAGCAGAUCCAUUUCAAGUAAUUGUUGCUGCAAACAGGGCAGUGCACCUAUAUAAAACAGACAAAAUGACAACAAAGAAUGUUCACUCAGAGAUCCUUUUCUGCUUAUCAGCAACAAAAAAUAUUUCAGACUCAUUUCGCAAGUUUGGCCUAGGUGACGGUGAUACAUCUGUGUUUGUUGUGGUGUUGAAUGAUAAAGAUGAUGCUUCACUGAAUCUCAUUGACUCAAAAAUACAAGGUUCUUGCAUUCCACUAGCUGAUGUGAAGCAGUUUACUGAUGAAAAACUCAUUAAAAAGUUAUACAAAAUUACAGACUCUGAGCUCAGUGUUAGUUCUCUAACCGAUGCAUUAGUUUCGAAAAUUGCUAGUAAAGAAUUUGUGACAAUCUGACGAGAAAUUGCCAUGUACAAAAUGAAUACUUUUUAGUCUGAACUUGAAGAUGAACUAAGAAGUGCUAAUUGGACAGAUAUAUAGAGAAUUACAUUGGGUCAACUAUGGAAUCCGAUGCUAAACAUAGCUUGAUCAGUCAAGUUCCUGAAGUAUCAUAUUUUGAAAGAACAUCUGUUGUGUAAAUAUUCAAAGGGACAUUGAUAAAUGCAAUGUGGUUGGAUUGUUUUGUUAUAGAAAUAUUUAAUGAUCUGCAAGAUGUUUUAAAUAGAAUGAAAAAGAGGAGACAUAAAACAACUAUGCAUUUGUGUAUGUGAUGACCCAUUUUUCAGGUGCCACUGCUUCAUGAAAUGUCACUUGGAAUCCUUCAUUUUCAUCUUAACCUGAUAAUUCAGUAAUUAUACCCAGUGAUAUUUCAUUUAUAUUUUGAAAGAGUUAUCAGUCAGAUCUUUGCUUCAGUUUUUAUGUAACAAUGUUUGAAAUUUUGCAUGAGUUUCAAAGACCAGAACAAAUGCACAAUAUGAACUUCAUCGUGUACAUAAGUAAUUACAAGUUUUACAUUGCUUUCGAGUUGUCUUUAAAGUUGCUUGUCUAUUUAAGGAGAUUACAAUUUUACCACAUUUUUGUUGUACAAUUGGUGCCCGUUCGUGCCUGAAAUAAUGCACGGAAGGGCACCUGAGGUCUUACUCCACCAGUAAAGCUGGAACGUCGCGAUAUGACCUAUACUGUGUCGAUGUGACGUAAAACCCAAAACAAACAAACAAUUGUUGUACAAUUGUUAUAGAAGAUAAAAAAAAUAUCCUGAAUAUCAUUAUACAAAGUGAAUUGUUUCACAUUGAACAUAUGUAAUAAAUCUUAUAUGACAACUUGUU